AUGUCUUCCAAACUCGGUAUAUCGUCAUCAAAAGCUGAUGAAAGCAGCCGUGUCAAGCAAAAUGCCCCAGUCGAGGUUGCAAACACCACCGCGGUGUAUGAGAAAUACGGCAACCAGUAUGACGAGCUAGAUAUGGACCGCAUGGGCAAGUUACAGGAGGCACCCACCACCGGUGGCCAGUAUCACUGGGUCUCUGAGAUGGCGCCAAAACAACACCAGAAAUUUCUCAGCUAUCUCGUUGUUGCUCUUGCUACUACACAACAGCUUCAGGGACUGAUAAAAUUGAAUAUGCCGUCGUAUAUGGCUCAAGGAUGGCACGGCACCCUCUUCAGCAUUGCCAUGACGCUAUUCGCCAUCAUAUUGAACACCGUCUUCGUCAACCAGCUUCCUGUCAUUGAAAUCAUCGGCUUGGUACUUCACAUCUCUGCAUUCGUGGCCUUUGUCGUCGUUUUGUGGGCCAUGGGGCCAUAUUCUGACCCGAAGACGGUCUGGACCAGAUUUGAAGACAACAGUGGGUGGGGAAACACCGGCCUUUCGACUCUUGUUGGUAUCCUUGGACCUAUCGUAACGCUUAUCGGUUCGGACUCAUCCUGUCACUUGGCCGAGGAGCUGAGAGAUGCAGCUUGGGUGCUCCCGCGGUCUAUGGUCGCCACGGCUCUGGUCAACUACGCUCUGGGCUUUGUAAUGACUGUCACCGUCAUGUCCAAACUUGGGGAUGACGUAUCUGCGGUCCUUUCAACAAGUCUUGGACAGCCGUGGAUUCAAGUGCUGUACAACGCGACAGGGUCAAAGGCUGGGACAUCAGUCCUAGCCGCAGUGGUCUGGAUCUUGACACUUUUCUGCUGUGUCAACCAGGUCACCACCACAUCACGCCAGCUCUUCGCAUUUGCCCGCGAUAGGGGACUUCCCUUCUCGCCGUUCUUAGCCUACGUUCGGCCGGGCUGGGAUGUCCCCGUGAAUGCAGUUCUCGUAACGCUACUCUGCACAAUUCUACUCUCACUCAUCAUCAUUGGAUCGACAAUCGCAUUCAAUGUCAUCACGUCCCUCGGUCAAAUAGGGCUAGUCUCUUCGUACAUAAUUGUCAUCGCCUGUGUGUUUGCGAAACGGAUCAAAGGCGAACCACUCCUGCCUUCUCGAUUUAGUCUGGGCAAAUUUGGAUUUCUAGUCAACGGCUUGGCUCUCUCGUUUCUAGGGAUGGCUUUUGUCUUUUUGUUCUUUCCGGCGGCACCAGACCCGACUCCAGCUGGUAUGAACUGGAGUUGUCUUCUCUUUGGUGUCAUCCUUGGGUUUUCGCUGAUUUAUUAUUGGAUUUGGGGACGACACGUCUAUGUUGGGCCGGUAGAAUACAUCAAACACCGAUAG